GCAUAUUGUGGCGGAGGAGGUGUUCAUCAAGCUCGCAAAGUUCAAAGCGAUGGCGGAAGCAGUGAUCAAGGUGGGGACCUGGGGUGCGAACGGAGGGUCCCACUGGGACAUGGGGCCUGCCGACCACAUCAAGAGCAUCAAGAUAUGCGCCAUGGCAGUAGUCGACUCAAUCGCCUUCAUGUACGUGGUCGGAGAGACGGCCGAAGAUACUCCCCGAUAUGGAGGCCCCGGCGGUGCACCCAACCUGAUCAAAUUUUUUGACGAGGAAUACCUCACUGCAAUCUCGGGAUACAUCGGAGAGUACGGUGGAACUCCUUGCAUAUCUCAGCUCACAUUUACCACUAAUAUGGGAACCUAUGGACCGUACGGGGAUGGCGGCGGAGCUCCUUUCAACCUUCCUGUGGAAGAGGGUAAGAUCGCGCGCUUCUAUGGACGUGCAGGUACCUAUCUUAAAGCCAUUGGCGUCUACUUGAAGCCAAACUAGCAACAGCUCAAUGGAGUGGAAUUGAAGCUGUCUACUACUUGGGUGAUCCCAUAAAUAAAGGAUGUCAAAUACUACCGUUGACAUCUCUCGAUGUUUGUCUUAUGUUUAAGUUGUGUGCCUAAGUAUGUCGUUGUGAUCCUACUAAUAAAAUGGGUUGUGCUUAUUAUGUGACUCAA